UAGCAAACGUGCAAAUUGGUGCAAGCAUUUCGCAAUAAAUUGAAGACAACCAAAAAAUUAGCUUAUAACUUAUUAUUAUUCGAUAAGUGUUAUCUGUUGGUAGAUAGCGCUCAAAUAUAACUUUUGAGCUGCACUAAAGUACAGCAGAGACUGCCAGGCAGAGAAUUUAGAGUCGCCAGUUAUAACUAACGCUUAAAAUAAUAAUACAGGGUUUGCGGGCUGUUCCCAAUUGUUGGGUUUGGAUUUGGGUCUGAAGAAUGUCGGUGGCAGAGAAAUCUCACGUGACCAGAAACUCUGAUAAGCAAUCAGCACUUGGCCGGGUCAGCUGCACAGCAACAGCACCGCCACGCUACCACAAACAAAACUCCUCGCGACGUGUGGGGGCCUCAAAAAGUUCAUAUCAGGAGAACCACGUGCAGAAUCUAACCCGCAACCCAACGUCGCUAACCCUGCCGCCAUUGACCCGCCAAAACCAACGUCAGGCCCAGCCACCCCCAAACCAAAAUGCCAGACUUACAGUUCAAAGUAACCUCUCCUCGGAUCAAAAUUAUAGCCAACAGGCUUCCUUGUCAUCUUACCAAGACGAGGCUCAAAAUAUCUACGUGACCAACUCGGAGGGUCAUAGUUAUCAUCUGAAUUCGAUCCCGAUCCAGAGUCAUCAAAGCGCAGACGACAGCAAUGAAAACGCGGGAGAAAAGGUGUACGAAACAGUCAAUCCAGCUGAGACAUUUGAAAGUUGGGAUCCCUAUACGGAUCACAUAAACCCUGCUAUCGGUCUUUACCCGCUUAACUUACUGGACGCCGACUCAAUUUUGACUGAUCCCAAUGAAAUCAUCACUCCUGAUCAGUAUCGUAACUCGGCAUACCAAGUCUCCGCUGAUGAACAUUACACGGAGCAGUAUGUUCCCGGAUAUUACACGUUGGCACCAUUCCAACCAGCCGACGAUUUUGACAGCCAGGGACUCGUUUUCUAUCACGACGCCUCGGGUCUACCGCUGGCGCCCAUGGAAUUCAUGCAAAAUGGGGAGAUUACAUACCCCGUUCCCGUUCAGCCCGAUAUGGUCAUAGCAGCGACUCCCGGCGAGGAGUCGACCUUUCUCUAUCCCCCAGGAACGGGAUUCUUCGAACCACAUCCUGGGUUUAGUCAGGAACAAAUGGAUCUGCAUGCCUCAAAUACUGGACAGGAGCAGCUCAAUUACGCCUACUACUUCCACCAAUUUGACGAUCACUCGUUGAAUCAAGAAGAUUCGGUCACUGGAAGCGGCACUGCGCUAGUCCAAUCUUAUCAGGACGAUGCAAACAGCUUGAGCGGCAACAAUGUUCCGCAGAACACUCUGGAACUUUCUAGAACAGCUGAAGAGUUUUCACAGCUGAGAAGACGACAGGAAGACGAAGUUGAAGACAUAGUCAAACUUACAGUUUUGGAUCUCGUGAAACCGAAACCAGUUGAGAAAAGAGCUAGAAAGACAAGUGGCAAAACAGAACUCAAAGCGACACAAAAUCUAAACAAAAAGAAAAAUCAGAAAGUAUCUGGUACGAACAGUGGUGGCUUACAGUUUGUUAGUUCACAAAACAACCAGUUGCUGAGUUGUGAAGUCAUUGGGGGCGAAAGGAGUGAUCAAACGGGGUAUGAGGGGCCAAGGACUUCAAGUCUCUCAUCCGCCACAACACCCAAGUGUCAUCAUCCCCCGAGUGGUGCUGGGGCAGAGUUAGUCUGUCUGAACAAGGUAGUUCGUAGAAGCAGGCCACCAAAAGAAUCGAUGCUGCAGCUGCAGUUGCACAAUCAGAGACAUCACAGUCAACUUGAUCUGUCCCAAUCAUCAAAAGAAACAGAACAAAAAUCGAGAGCUGUAACAAAUUUUGAGAGACCGAAAAACGGGAGCUCUCAGAACUUCAGACCAUUUGCGGCGUCUUCAAUUGCAAAGCCCUUCAAUCGGCCCAAUCUUUCCAGGUUUCAGAACGCCAGCGAAGCCUUAAGUAGCUUGGCGUCUCCCUCUUUUAAGUCUUCAUUGCAGAAGCAAAACGCGUCAACAUUUGACCACGAUUUGCAAUCUACAGUUGAAAAGAAAAUGCCAAAAAAUCCUACAAACUUCAGUUUUUCAGAGCACUUGAAGGGACUGUCGCAGAAAAUAAACAAGGAAAUGGAAGGAAGUGAAAAAGGAGCGAAGCAUACAGAAUGUUUGCAGGCGGCUGUUGAAAAUGUGCCAUCGCCUCUUGAGCAAUCGCUCAUUGCAGUUGACAGAGUUCUAGAGAAAAUUAGUGAAGGAACUUUUAACUUAGCAGAUCUUGAGAAAGCGAACAAACACUUCGAGCCGAAGGCUCAAAACGGAACUCAAAAUCAUAAUCUAAUCAGUCCAGUAAAAAUUGCUAAUAAAAACUGUGAAAUCAAACCGCCGAAAAUAACUGAAAACUCGACUAUUGCAAAACAAAAGCUGUUUCAACAAAAAGUUACUGAGAAACAAGCGAAGAGCGGACAGCCGGAAGAGAGGGGACAAAAUGGAAUGGAAGAACUGCGAACAUGGUCAUCUUUUUCAUCGGCAAAGAAUUCUGCAGAGAAUUCAUCGGCAGGUCGCUAUUUGCAACCUCCAGAUGUGAUCAUGCAAUGCUCAGAGUUCGACCAUGGAAAGUAUCUUUUGAACCAGAAGGAGUCUAACUCUCCAACUAACUUCACUAAGCCCCCUUGCAAGGUCACGGCCGAUCACAUGCCACGAAACUGUGAAGAAGUGACCCAGGUUCCCAAGCAAACAACCAAUGACAGUCGCCCUCUCGCUCAAGUUGGGAGUGAAAAAACUAGAGUCGAAAUGAGUUCAGACAAUGAGAGUAAGCAGCAGCAGGCAGUCUGUACUAAUUGUGAUGCAAUUAAAACGACAUUGUGGCGUCGCAAUAAAAGUGGUGAGCAAGUUUGCAACGCUUGUGGUUUGUAUGAAAAACUACACCGAAUGGCAAGACCGACUCACAUGAAACGUGAAAUAAUUCACUCUCGAAAGCGAAAAAGCAACCCGAACACAAUCAAGCGAAAAGACAGAAAACGUCGCGCAAAAGUUCUAGAAAGUUCUACAUACCAGCUACAAAAGAUUGCUAUCAAACCUUCGUUUCAUCAUGGCUUUAACAAACAAAAUCGCCUUUCAGCAGUCCCGAGUAACCUAAUUGGGAAAGAAGCAGUCUCAAAGUGCCUUAAGAGUCGUCGUCUGAAAGUGGCUCCUCGAAUUUACAACAGACCCGUUCAAACUCUGACAGGAGCGGCUGGGCAUGGCAAAAGCAACUCAUCCUCUAUGCACUCACGUUCAGUGAUCUCAAACUUCCAGAUUAUUACUAACAUUGCGCUGAAAACCGAAAUCAACCCGAAUAACCAGUUAAUGCCAGCAGUCAAGCUAAACAAAACUCCUGCUAAAUUUGAAGGCCACCAUUACUCAAGAAACAAUGGCAUGAGCUCCAAUUUAAAACAAAAACUGGGUUCGAAAGUUCCGAGGACAUCUUUGACGCUGCCGGAAAUAACUACUUUCAAAUCUAAAAACCAGUGGGAAUCACCAUCUCUGGAAAUAACUGGCUUCGGAGACAGAACUCGAUCCACAGACAUUUUCCAGCCCAGAAUUGGAACAAUGAAAGAAGCUGGGUUUGGAUUUUCGGAAAACAUGACAAAUGUGGCUUCCUUAAACCACAGCCAUGUGUCCACUAAUCCGCAGGAAAACUCGCUAUUGCUAUGAAACAACAUUUCUUCCAUUUCAAAAAGCUUCAAUAUCAAAAAUAUUUUAUUAAUGGCAUUUGGGCAGAUUAGUUGUGGACAGUCUUUAUUAACGAAAUUAAACUUGGAUUUUAUUUGAUUUCAAGGAUUUAAUUGUUUUCAAUAAAAAAAUGUUUUCUUC